AUGGUCCGGCACCUUGUGUGCUUGUCGUUCUUCGCGGGCCUCGGCUUGCUUGGGGUGCAGCAGCUGGCAUGGAUGUUGACGUCGGGCGAAGGCCGUGCCAGUGCCCAGCGCUCUGUCGCAAGUCCCAUACAGAGAAGCGCCACUUCGGCGCAGAUGCUUCCGGCACUCUCUGAGCAGGAGGACUACAGCGGUAAGGUGUAUCGGGUCCGUUCGGACACCGACAUGAAAGGCCUAGCAGACCACGUGGUGCGAGAGGCGGAGCAGGGCCUUUUCUGCGACAGUCUCGGCAUCAGAGCUGCCAGCGUAGUCGUCAAAGCAUGUGCCACAGCGAUGACACUAGAUUUCAAUGGCCAGAUCGUUGCCAUGGCUUUGGAUUGGGUCACAAAGAAGCCGCAUGGCAGGGCAUUUCGGGAAGGUGCCAUGGAGGUGACAGCCCUUCGCACUCAUUAUCAGCUGGUGGAGAGGCGUGCGGAGCCUCCGAAACAAAGCCCUUUGCUAGUUGGCCGCACCACGAAUAUCGGACAGCUCGGUGGUGCUAUUUUGGGUCGCAUCCAACAGAGCGGCGAGGCCCUGAUCCAUGUGGCCGGGCCCGAGCGGACCAUGGCGGCCCUGCGCUCCAUCAUCGCGGCCGACCGGCUCUGGUCUGUCGAUGACAAGAACACCCCAGAGGAGGCCAGCGCCCCCCGCAGCCGGGUCCUGGUGUCAGCGACCUGGCAAAGCGAUGCUCCGGGCAAGGCGUACCUGAGGUUGCGCUGCUUCGCCAAAGCAGCUGCUGGCGACGAGCGUUUCAGGGUGGAUUUCCGGCGUCGAAGCAGGAAGUGUGCUCCGCCGGCCGUUGGCGGCCUCCUCACGACACACUUCGCGAAGAGAAAGCACGAGGAGGAGGAGGAGUGCGAGGAGUUCGCGGAGAAAUCGACGUCCGUGCAGGCGCAGAAGGAGGCUUUGCCUCCAAAGGGCAAGGCGAAGGCCAAAGCCAAGCCAAAGCCGACUCCCUCGGCCGCUAAGUUUGCGAAGCGGCUCUGCCCAAAGGUCAAGGCCGAGGUGCGUGGACCCUCCGGGGUGGCCACUCCGCAGCGAGGCGCUGGCGGAGGCGCAGAGCCAAAGGAUCAGGACAUGUCGAGCCCCCCUUCAAAGGGUGUCUCGGUCGCCGAGGCCACUCCCGAGAAGCCAUCCACCCAAGCUGCAAGGAUCCAGCCCCCGCCAGGAAGACACAACGAGCUGAUGUCGCUUCGAAGUAGCAUUCAAGCGGCAGUCAGAACCCACGACUACGCGAAGGCUAAGGAGCUGCAUCAGCUCCUGGUUAAAACAUGUGCAGAGAUCGGCUGCUCUGUGCCCCAGCGAGAGGAAAAGAGCGAGAAAUCAAAGCCAAAGAGUGCCAACGAUGGAAAAGAGCCCGCAGAUGAAGGUAAUGAUGCCGAGCCCAUGGACCGCUUUGAAUUUGCACGAGCCAUUCUCAAGGAAAAGUUCCCGCUGCGUUUCCUGGAUGGGAAUUCCAAGGAGGAUGAUUCGGAAGUCUGCUACCAGAAAGAGAGGACCGCUUGGCGUAGGAAACAAGAAGGAGAAGAUCAGGACGAGGAUGCCGAUGGUGCCGAGGAGGACGAGGAGCAGCAGAAAGCACGAGAAAUGAAGAAGGCCUUGUCCAGCAUCCCGGAUGCAUCCGUCGAGGAUAUCGAUCGCUUCCCCGCAGUCGCAGCCACUUUCAGAGAGUGGCUGACCUCAGUGCAGGAAGAAGAUGUGGAAGGCUCGGUCCAGGUCCAAUGCUUCGGGAGGAAGAAAACGGCCGUGGCCGUGGCCCUCGUGCGCUCAGGUAGCGGCCAGGUGCGCCUGAACGGCUGCCCGCUGCACACCGUCAAGCCCGACAUCCUGCGUGUGAAGGUUUACGAGCCACUGCUGCUGCUGGGAAAGGAUCGCUGCAGCAAGGUGGACAUCCGGUUGCGAGUCAAGGGCGGAGGCUUCACGGGGCAGAUCUAUGCGCUUCGUCAGGCCGUGGCCAAGGGCAUCGUCGCUUACUACCAGAAGUUCAUCGAUGAGGCUUCAAAAAAGGAGAUCAAGGACAUCUUGAUGGCAUAUGACAGGUCAUUGAUCGUUGCCGAUCCUCGUCGCUGCGAGCCCAAAAAAUUCGGAGGCCAGGUGUUGCAUGACCUCUUCACCCAAGACGAGAAGGCCCUCGACGAGAUGGCCAAGGCGACGUACGUGAGGCUCGCUUCGAAGGAGAAGUCGCACGAGAAAACCGUGAAGCAAUUCGCAGCUUUCUGGGCAAAGAGAAAGAACGGCCCCUGGUGCCAGGCACCUGCCCGCACCGAACGGAAGCUGGAAGUCCGCCUGCGCAACGAGCACAAGAUCCCCGCAGCCUGGGGUGUGCGAGUUGUCCAAAGGGCGCACAAAGAGGAUCUGGUGAUUCUGACGGCUCCGGACGGCACGAAACAGUUUGCGGAAGCAUCCAAACUGUCCGAUCAUCCCGCACUGACGGGAAAGGACUUUCAAGACGAGCGACAGCGCCGCGAGCUGCCCGCGCUGCCCGCGGAGAUGGAGGCGAACAAGCUUGAGCAAGAGGCAGAAGCUGGGAAGGAGAAGCUCAAGGAUCUGAAGGUCGAGGCCUCGGGCGCCACCCAGGUGGUGCAGGAUGCCUUGAACGGAAGCCCAGAUGCGGAGUUGUGUCUUCGACGGGCGGCUCUUCGACAGCACGUCGCCUGCUCCAGCUGUGGCCGGCUCUCCACAAGGGAGCUGGAGCGAAUGCUAAACGGUGCAGGAGGACACGGAUGGUCUUCGUACGACGAUGUCCCAGACGCUUCGCAAGAGGACGUUGCACAAUAUCCACGUGUGCUGGCGACCUUUUUCCAGCAGGGGUAUCCAUACAUGAAUGGCGUGAGACGUUUGAUGGAGCUGCACAAGAAGAAGGCUUGGGAUAUGGCGACUUCCGACUUUCAACGCCUGGUGCGAAUGGAUCCUGAGAAUGCAAAGUGCAAUGGCUACUUGAACUCGGCGAUCUUAUAUCUCAGGAAGUUUCGUGAAAACGGGGGCUUCGAGAACCUCACCGACGUCUCUGCGAUAGACCCUUACAAACUGCAGACGUCAUUCACUCCGGACUUUGAGAGAGAGACGGGAAAGGAGCAAGAGCAUUUCGACGACCUGCAGGUGGAUUUGCCUUUGGAGCUGGUUAUGGCCGAUGCAACGGCGAACUGGCGCGAGGAGCUCCAGGAGAAGCUCGACGAAGACUGCUACCUUCUCGAGGACGUCGAUGCCCGUGGACAGCGGCCGGUGGCGCUGAGCGUUGCGCUCCUGCCCGACGCAACGGAUGAGGAGUGGGCGAUGUGGCCGCGGAUCCUGACGAAGUUUGAGUUACAAUGCAAGCAGGACUCAGAGGAGGAAAAGCCAAUCAGACGAGAGGAGGAAGCCAAUGCCAUGUUCCAGGCCAUGAAGGAGCUGGUGGAAGAGCAUGGCAAGAGUCCCGACGCGAUGGCCGCAGAAAAGUACCUCAAAAUCGUCAAGACCACGUACACCAACGUGUCGCACAAGGACCGGGCAACUGCUGUUGCUAAGUUUGCCGACUUCUGGGCAUCCAACAAAGACGGAGAGUUUCCGGAGCCAAAGGUGCAUGCAUUGGCCCUGAAGAAGUAUUCCCUCAUGGACCGUCGGAUCGUGGAACAGGCGAAGCAGCUGGCUGCCGAGUGGCUCCUGCCGGCCGGAUGGGCCGUGAAGCUCGGGAAGGACGGUCGACUGAUCAAGGUUCUUGGCACCGGUGGCAAAGCGGACUUUUACCACAGCAAGGAAGCGGCGCUGCAGGCGGUCGAGGCCAAGGCGAAGCGGCAGGCCGAGGAGGCGAAGGCCGCGCACCAGCAGAUGAUCUCAGCCAAGGAGGCACAUAUCGAGAGGAGCGAGGCAGGCAUGCGCAAGCAGUUGGCCAAGGCAGUGCGGGAGGAGAACUACGAGCUUGCAGAGCGUGUGCAUUCGGAGCUCACCGGUCGAGCAGGAGGCGGAGGCCGGUCUGGUCCCACUCGAAAAGGCACCAUGCCCAUUGUCGCUCGCAGCGCGGAGGAAGUUGCGCGAAGGUGCAAGGGUGGUGCAGGACGAGGUGCCAAAACUGGUGUCAAGCGCAAGGCUGAGGGAGAGGAUGCAAACGACAGUGCUCUGAAGGUGCGCAAGGCCAUGGGUCUCAAGCAUCAGCAGAAGCAGGAGGUGGCCAGGAGUGAGCUCACACUCCGCGCCGGCGAGUGGCGUCUCCAAGGCGUGCGGCUGAAGAGUGGGUCCGUGCUUCCCAUCGUCUCAGAUCAGCUUGAGGCUUUGGCCUCAGACGCCGUGGUCCUCGUGCUCGUGUACGUGGACGAGGAGGUUCGUGAGAGGAAGAGAAGGCGCAUCAUCGAAGAUUGGGGAUUGGACGAGACAUGGACAGUGACCGUGCGGUACCGACUCUCCGGGCACCAGGUCACUGCCAAACGCGCCGACGGCAAGGUUUUCCUCAGCAAGCACGAGGUCGCGGGUGCGAGGGACCGCGAGGUGCUCGAGAGGAUGUCAAAGCCAGCUGCAGCACGGGCAAAGGAGCUCGAGGCGGUGCUUGCCAGCCACGCCCAGGGGCAGCUGCAUCUGUGGGAGUUGGAAGUCAAGGAGAUGCCGUCGCUACAUGGCCUCUAUGUCGCUGAUGGCCAGUCCUUCUCGAAGGUGUCCUGCCUCGGCGUUUCGGAGGAGGUGAAGGUGAGCUACACCGGUGACAAGUGGCAGUUCAGGGAUGCGGCUGGAAACGUCAUGGCCUGGACUCUCCCAUCCGAUUCUGGCACACAGAGUCCGUUCGAGUGCCGGCUGCUGCUUGCUGGAACUGCGGAUCAGCCGACGACAGUGGAGACUAGGGGAAGUGUGGUGGUGAAGGAAGCUAUCACCAGCCGCUUGUCCAGCCACUUGGGCCAGUCCUUUGGGCCUUGCUGCCGAUUCUGCGAAGCUGGAAAGCUUCGGACGAGGGCCUCGACGUCUACAAAAGUCAAGCCUGCCGCGGGCGAGGGCGAGAGUCGAAAAGUCAAGCAACAAGAACUCUACGAGUCCAGGCUCCUCGAGCUGCAGCAGCGACGCGCCAAAGCUCCCCGCACUUUGGUCGACAUGGUGUCCUGCAUGCCGGAACCUCGGCCUUCCUGUCUGCAGAUGACUACACGUAGACCUAGGCUCGCACUUACAGCCAGAGCGCCAGUCUUCAAAAACAACGUAUAA